UCUGCAGCAAAGAGGUUCUCCUCCUGCAAGGCAUUUGCUGGACUCCUGAAAAAUUAUUUUGAUUAACAUGGCAGAGAAGGAUUUCAUCAGUUGGCAUCUACUGGCUUUAUUUUUUCUUCCAUUUUGCCUGUGUCAAGAUGAAUACAUGGAGGUGAGCAGAAGAUCUUAUAAACCAGUGGCCAAAAUAUUGCAAAGUCACCACCAGACUGGUCACAAAGGUUCCAGAAGCAGGGAAAUAUUGAAACAGCGGACUCAACUUAUAGAGUGGACUGUUGAUAAUAGCACAUCUACAGACCAUAAAGUCCUGAGACCAGAGGUAGAUGAUGUAGAACUGACUACCUCAGAUAGAGUCCAGCCCCCCCAGCCUGGACCACAGAAUCCAGACUGCAGUUCCUGCUGCCGAGGUGACUUUGGAGUUCGACUCUACCAAGGGCCCCCAGGACCUCCUGGGCCCCCUGGGAUGCCAGGAAAUCAUGGAAACAAUGGAAAUAAUGGAGCAACUGGUCAGGAAGGAGCCAAAGGUGAGAAAGGAGACAAAGGAGAUAUGGGGCCAAGAGGAGAGCGUGGCCAUCAUGGACCCAAAGGCGAGAAGGGUUACCCUGGGAUUCCCCCAGAACUACAGGUCGCUUUCAUGGCUUCGAUGGCUACUCACUUCAGCAACCAGAACAGUGGGAUCAUUUUCAGUAGCGUUGAAACCAAUGUUGGGAAUUUUUUUGAUGUCAUGACUGGAAGAUUUGGUGCUCCAGUGAAUGGAGUGUAUUUCUUUACUUUCAAUAUGAUGAAACAUGAAGAUGUGGAAGAAGUGUACGUGUACUUGAUGCAUAAUGGUAAUACAGUGUUCAGCUUAUAUAGCUAUGAAUCCAAAGGGAAAGCAGAUACUUCAGGAAACAGUGCAGUCCUAAAACUUGCCAAAGGAGACGAAGUUUGGCUGCGAAUGGGAAAUGGAGCCCUCCAUGGGGACCAUCAGCGCUUCUCCACCUUUGCUGGGUUUCUUCUUUUUGAAACGAAGUAAAAAAAGGAAACAACCCAAUAGAUCUUCAUCUGAAGAAACAGCUUUUUUGAAACUGGUAUAUUUCACUGGACUGUGAAAUAACAUUGUAACAUUGGAGGAUCAAGAAGCCUUAUUUGGAUGCAAUGUGCUGCUACUUGUGUAUGGGAGAUGAGCUCAAUACAUAGGGUAGCUGACACAGAUUCACAGAGUAUGUAUUAUCAUCAUCUGGGUUGCACCUGUUUAAUCAUUAAAUGUUGCUAGUGCUCUCUUCCUCAAAAGUGAAUGAAAAACAAAGGAAAAUUAGUUUAAGGAAUUUAAAGAGCAGUUUACAUAAAGUCAAUUUAAUCUCUAAAUAUACUUUAGUUAAAUAUAUUGAAUUUCAAUAUAGGAAUUGAAAAACUGAUUAAAAAUUUUUGGAUCAUUUAUUCAGUUCUUCUUACAUGUUAAGUUGCAUCAUGGAAACAGGCCUGAAUGUAUUAUAAGCAGGCUCAGGUGAGACCAGACCUAAAGGAAGAAGUUUGUACUGGAUUGGAAUGAGCUCAAAUCAAAGGAAAAAAAUGUGAAAAUAUAGAUGUCAAGGAUUCAGGUUCAUUGCAUUCCCAUCUCAAACCUCUGAAGAUGUAUCUGGUGUCAUUUUUCACAGAUUUUUAGCACAUAUUUAUGCUUAGUCUCUCUCUCUUAGAAGAGUGUCAGUAGUUCUUGCCUUAGUAGCAGCUUGAAGCUAAGGUAAUUUAGUUUGCAGUGUGAAGGGGAUCAGGCAGGGGAACUGUAAUGUUUCAUCCUAGCCUUAGAAUUUUUAAAACCUGAUGUAGCCUAAUGCAGGGUGUCAAAGCAAAGGCAUAUACGCUAGAGAAAUCAGGAUACACCAACAGCACAGAGAUACACAAACUUUGUGGUGUUUGGAGCGCCUUCAGAAGGAUGUACCUUAUAAUAUUGCAUAUUUACUUAACAGUGAAGUUGUUGAAACAGUUUUCCUAGCAGCCUUCCAAGAAUCAGUAUUUCAGGAAAAGCUAUUGCAAAGCAGCAGCUAAGCCAGUUCAGUAUUUAAACUGGUGAAAGAAAAUCCUAGCUGGCUUAGUAAUUCUGCUCCCAAUACACUGGGCCACUUUUCAGCAUUCACUGGCUUUUCAAAAUUUGGGUACCUGAAAUUCUGUCUGGCUAUUUUCAUUUGAAUAGCACAAAAAUCAAUACUGAAGUUUGAAUACUGAAGUUUGAUACUGAAUGUAUCUUGUUGGGCUCCCCACACAAAAGUUAAUGAAAUAUAAAUUCCUUUUU